AUGCAAUUAUCGGCAGUUUCACCGAUAACAAAAACUUAUUCACGAACAAUGAAGACAACCCAUUUAUUAAUUCGAGUUGUCUCGAGUGAAACAUUUACACGCUUUAUAAAUCGUGAACCAUUCAUUUUAUUACAACCACAAUGUGUCAUGCGUGCAUUUCAAAUAUGUAUUUAUCUACCAACAUUAUAUGAUGAUCCAUGGCUUAUAUUCAAAGCACCAAUAAGAUAA